AUGAGAGAAGUAUCUGCUCUGUUAUAGUACUGUAGCAGAGAGCAACCCGCUGACUGACUGAGGACUGGUGAUAACUUGAGAGCUGCUUCGAACAGUUGCAAGUGUAUCUACACUGAACUGGGAUACUUUAUUUUUCUUUGUUUUGUUGUUUUUUAGUUGUUUUUUUUUAGUAAUGUUUAAAAAAGGAUAAAUAAGUUAGCUAUUCAGUAAAGGACUACGUGCUAAUUGUAUGAAAUCAGUGGACAAAUAAAAUACAAUAAAAUAAACAUUAUAGGCUACUCAAGUGCUGUUUUCAGAGGUUUCAAAACAGAAUGCAUGUUCAGAAGCAAUACAAACUUUGAAAUACCAAUGAUAUGGUUUGGUUUUAGUCUUUUUUAAAAACUGAUACAUAGAGGAUAUAUCUGCCGUACUACCUGAUGUUUUUGGAACAUAGUGUUUUGUUUUCUUCGAGCUGGAGGCGGACUGGAGUGUACUGACAGACCAUACUGUACCUGCAUUUAUUUCUGGAGUUGAGGGACAGAUGUUGGUGUAAACUUAAAAAAAAAAUUUUAAAAAAAGAAGAACUGGCUAUUGUAUUUUACACAUAUUGACUGUUGGGCCAAUAUUAACAUUAUGCUUUGCUGGAUAUAAUUUAACAAAGUUGAUGAAUUGUGGUAAAGGACGUUGUCUUGGACAGGUGGAUUUGGACUUUUACCAUGGCGCUCUCAGGUAGGAGUUUUCACAAAGUUUACAUGGUUUUGUUAAUAUUGUGGGCUUUGUGCUUGAAAAAUGCUGCAUCUAGUCAACUUCGCCAAGAGUUUCAGGUGCUGGAAGAACAAGCUAUUGGCACCAGUGUGGGCACCAUAUUAACCAAACCGAGUUUUACUUAUAGAUUUAGUGAGAACCAUAGACUAUUUGCCAUCAAUGGGACAACAGGUGAGAUUUAUACCACAUCAGUUAUUGACAGAGAACUUUUGCAAAGUGAUGUAAUCAACGUGGUGGUCCUGUCUAGUCAACCUACCUAUCCGACAGAAGUAAGAAUUGUGGUAGUGGAUAUUAAUGACAAUGCUCCCGUGUUUCCAGAUCCAUCUAUUGUGGUGUCUUUUAAAGAAGAUGCAAGCAGUGGUAGGCAGGUUAUAUUAGACACUGCCACUGAUUCGGAUAUUGGAAGCAAUGGAGUAGAUCAUAAAACUUACCAAAUAGUGAAGGGCAACGAAGACGAGAAAUUCCGUUUGGAUAUUACAGUCAAUCCAAGUGGAGAAGGGGCUUUUUUGCAUUUGGUUUCAACUGGAGGUCUGGAUAGAGAAUCAACCCUGUUUUACCAGCUUUUGGUUAAAGUGGAGGAUAAAGGAACCCCUAAAAAAUAUGGGUUCUUGCAAGUAAAUGUGACUAUUCAAGAUAUUAAUGACAACCCACCUGUUUUUGAUGAAAAUCAUUAUCAAACAAGUGUUUUUGAAGAUGCAGCAGUUGGAUCUAGCAUUCUGCAGUUAACAGCAAAAGACCAGGAUGAAGGAGCGAAUGGAGAUAUCAGGUAUUACUUGGACGAUGGGACACCUUUUCAAAUUGACCCUAAAGCAGGUACCAUUACCAUAAAGGAAAUGCUGGAUUAUGAAAGCAAAAAGCAAUACUCCUUAACAAUUCAUGUUGUGGACAAUGGAGUACCUUCCCUUUCAGGUAGGUCAGAGGCAACCAUUAAACUAUUGGACGUUAAUGAUAAUGACCCAGUGAUUAAGUUCAGAUAUUUCCCAACUAGUUCCAAAUAUGCGUCAGUAGAUGAAAAUGCUCAGAUUGGCACUGUAGUGGCCCUAUUGACAGUCUCAGAUUCUGACUCAUCUUCUGCUAAUGGGAAUAUUUCAGUUUCAAUUCUAGCUGGGAAUGAACAAAGACACUUUGAGGUUCACGCCUCCCCAGUUCCAAAUUUAAGUUUAAUUAGAGUGGCCAGUGUUUUGGAUAGAGAACGCAUUUCUUCCUACAACCUGACUGUGUCAGUGUCAGACAAUGGCUCACCUGUGGCAAGGUCUUCUUUCGCUAGCUUGGUUAUUUUUGUAAAUGACAUUAAUGAUCAUCCUCCUGUUUUCCAAGAGAGUUUGUACAGAGUUGACAUCAGUGAAGAUGUACCCAAAGGCAGCUACAUUAAAGGGGUUUCAGCAACAGAUGGUGACUCUGGGCAAAAUGCCAACCUGCGAUACUCCAUAGUGUCUGGAAACAGUUUGGGUUGGUUUGACAUUAGUGAAAACAGUGGUUUGGUGACCAGUGCGGCAUUAUUGGACAGGGAGAUUGCAUCAGAAAUUGUUCUGAACAUCAGUGCCAAAGAUCAAGGUGUCCAGCCCAAAAUUUCUUACACUAAGCUCAUAGUAAGCAUAACUGAUGUAAACGACCAGCUUCCUACUUUUAUGCAGAGUUUGUACCAUAUCUCUGUAACAGAAAAUUCACCACCAGGUACUGAAAUAUUAGUGCUAUCAGCUACAGACAAUGAUUUAGGAGCCAACGGUACAGUGCGCUUUUCUUUUGAUGCUGAAACCCCAGCCCAGUUUCAGAAUCGUUUCCGUCUGGAUCCAGUUUCUGGGAGAUUAACAACAGCAACAGAAUUAGACAGAGAAGAGAAAGAAACAUACCUGCUAUUCAUCCAAGCAACAGAUUUGGGCACCCCUCCACUUUCCUCACUAACUAAAGUAAACAUAACUUUAAAAGAUAUAAAUGAUAAUAGCCCUGUUUUCUAUCCAGUCCAGUAUUUUGCUAACAUUAAGGAAAAUGAACCACCUGGCUCUUAUGUCACCACUGUCUCAGCAACAGACCCUGACCUGGGAAAGAAUGGGACUGUUAGAUAUUUUAUCACAGCAGGGGACGCUUUCAAAUUCCAGAUAAAAAGUAACACUGGGGUAAUCUCUACUAGAGUUUCACUUGACAGAGAAGAAAAGACAGCAUACCAGCUGCAAGUGACUGCAGCUGAUAGUGAGAACCUUCGCUCACAAAGCCAGGCAAUAGUCACAAUUACUGUCAUAGAUACACAGGACAAUCCCCCUUCCUUUAGCCUGAGUGUCUACAGUUUUGUUAUCUUUGAAAAUGUUGAACUUGGCUCCACUAUUGGCACUGUUUCUGCUUCCACACUUGACCUGAACACCAACAUUUCUUACUUAAUCACAUCUGGGGAUCAAAGAGGCCUGUUUACAAUUAACAUGGCCACAGGUCAAAUCAGUGCAACUAGUCCUAUUGAUAGAGAAGAACAAGCAUUUUAUCAGCUAAAAGUAAUUGCGAGAGGUGGAGAAGUGACUGGAGAAACUAUUGUGAACAUUACUGUAAAGGAUUUGAAUGAUAAUGCACCACGCUUCCCUCAUGCUGUUGAACAUGUCGAUGCAGUUGAAAACUGGGAAGCCGGGCAUACAAUAUUUCAAACUAAAGCUGUCGAUCCUGAUGAAGGCCCAAAUGGUAUGGUACUGUACAGCCUUAAACAAAAUCCAAAGGGACUUUUCCAGAUUAAUGAAAAGCAUGGACAAAUAACUUUAAAUGGACCACUUGAAAUAACUACAAGUUCAUAUCAAAUUGAGGUUCUAGCAUCUGAUAUGGGUGUUCCUCAACGCACGUCCAGCCUGAUCGUGACUGUAAAUGUAUAUGAUGUAAAUGAUAACCCACCCAUGUUUGAUCAACUUUCAUAUGAAGUCACUAUUUUGGAAUCAGAACCAGUGAAUACUAGAUUCUAUAAAGUACAAGCUACUGACAAAGACUCAGGUUUAAAUGGAGAGAUUACAUAUGAUAUCCUUGGAGGAAAUGUGAGAAAUACAUUUGGCAUUUUUCCAGAUGGGCAGUUGUUCAUUAAAGCAGACUUAGAUAGGGAAGCCCAGGACAGGUACAAUUUGCUUGUGGUUGCAGCAGACAGAGCAGUGGAUCCACUCAGUGCUACAGUUAAUGUAACUGUGAUUUUAGAAGAUGUGAAUGACAACCGACCCCUGUUUAACAGUACAAACUAUGUAUUUUAUUUUGAGGAAGAACAAAAGGGAGGGUCACUGGUUGGAAGGGUCUAUGCUGAGGACAAAGAUUUUGGACCUAAUGGUGAAGUAAGGUAUGCCUUUGAAACACCACAUCAACAUUUUGAGUUAAACACCAUUACUGGGGAAUUAACUAGCACGCAACAGUUUGACAGAGAGGUGCUAAUGAGGCAGAGAGGAGCUGCUGUGUUCAGCUUUACAAUUGUAUCUUCAGAUCAAGGAUUACCCAAACCACUAAAAGAUCAGGCUAAAGUCCAGAUUUAUAUCAGAGAUAUUAAUGACAAUCCACCCAAAUUUACAAAAGACAUAUAUCAGGCAACCAUAUCAGAAUUAGCCCACAAUAUGACCCAGGUCCUAAGAGUCUCUGCCUCAGAUGUUGAUGAAAGUAAAAACGGGCUGAUCAGCUACUAUAUCAGUGAAGGGAAUGAGGAAAAACAGUUUGCAAUGGACAGCAGCACAGGGCAAGUUACACUGGUAGGAAAGCUUGACCAUGAAGCUACUGCUUCUUACUCCCUGACAAUUUCAGCUGUGGAUUCCGGAAGUACGGCACUUUCUUCAUCUUGUAUAUUAAGCAUCAACGUGCUUGAUGAAAAUGAUAACUCUCCUUCAUUCCCCAAAUCUGCUUUGAUUGUGGAUGUCUUGGAGAAUAUGAGAAUAGGAGAACUAGUAGCAUCUGUGACUGCAACUGAUUCUGAUUCAGGUGAUAAUGCGGAAAUAAUUUACAGCAUUACAGCAACAAACAACCAUGGGACAUUCAGCAUCAGCUCAAACACCGGGAGCAUUUUCCUUGUAAAAAAGUUGGAUUUCGAAACACAGUCUCUCUAUAAACUAAACAUAACAGCAGAGGACAAUGGGAGACCUCCAAGGUCAUCAUCAAUGCCAGUAAUUAUACAUGUCAGAGAUUUUAAUGACAAUCCUCCAAGUUUCUCCGCUGGUGAUAUUUUUAAAUCCAUUGUGGAAAAUAUGCCUAUUGGUGUCUCAAUAAUGACUGUAACUGCUCAUGAUACUGAUGCAGACAUUAAUGGCCAGCUGGAAUAUUCCAUUGUGCAACAGACACCAAGGGGAAACCAUUUUGCAGUAGACGCUGCAAGUGGAACAAUAUAUACAAAUGCAGAAAUUGAUCGUGAAUUUACCAAUCUCUUUGAAUUGACUAUCAAAGCCACAGAUCAGGCUGUUCCAGUAGAAUUUAGGCGCUAUGCCUUAAAGAAUGUAACUAUUUGGGUAACAGAUCAAAAUGAUAAUGUUCCAACAUUUAUAACCCAAAAUGCACUUGUUGCUGAAUCAACUGUUGUGAUUGGCUCAAUCCUGACCACAAUUGUGGCUUUUGACCCAGAUGAAGGAGCUAACGGAGAGGUUGAAUAUGAACUUGUGAGUGGGGAUUCCAACACCUUUAUAAUGGACCGCUACAGUGGAGACAUCAGGGUUGCAUCUUCCCUGGUACUUUCUAAACUAAUAUACAGUCUCAUUGUGUCAGCCACUGACCUUGGGACGGAAAGGAGAACAUCAAGCACAGAGCUGACCAUUAUCCUAAAGGGUUCUGAUGGACCAGUCUUUUCACAGCCAAAAUACAUUACUAUUUUACGAGAAGGGGAGCCAGUCGGGACCAGUGUCAUUUCACUGGAUGCGUCUAGUCCCAGAGGCUCUGAAGCCAUAGUGGAAUUUUUCAUAGUGUCAGUGCGCUGUAAUGGAAAACCUGUUGGCCGGCUUUUCACCGUUGGACGCCACACUGGCAUCAUCCAAACUGCUGCUGUGCUGGACAGAGAGAGAGGCUCCAACCUGUACCUUGUGGAUGUAUAUGCUAUAGAGAAAGAUGCAAGCUUGCCCAAGACGCAAAGAGCUGAGGUGGAAAUAACACUACAAGACAUCAAUGACAACCCACCUGUUUUUCCAUUUGAUAUGCUUGAUCUGACCAUUGAGGAGAACAUUGGGGAUGGAUUUAAGAUAAUGCAACUAACAGCUACAGAUGCUGAUGAGGGAGCAAAUGCACUUGUGACAUACACAAUUAUAAAUGGAGCAGAUGACAGUUUCCGCAUUGACCCAGAAUCAGGAGACCUAAUAGCCACCAAACGUUUGGACAGAGAGCGGCGGUCAAAGUAUUCGUUGUUAGUUCGAGCCGACGAUGGCCUGCAGUCCUCAGACAUGAGAAUAAAUAUCACAGUCAGUGAUGUCAACGAUCACACCCCCAAAUUCUCCAGGAAUGUUUACUCAUUUGACAUUCCAGAGGACACAACACCAGGUUCCAUUGUAGCAGCCAUCUUGGCUAGUGAUGCAGAUUCAGGUAUCAAUGGUGAGAUCACAUACUCUGUGGAGGAGGAUGAUGAAGACGGAGUAUUCUUCCUGAACUCUGUGACUGGAGUCUUUAAUGUGACCCGGCCCCUGGACUAUGAAGUUCAGCAGUAUUACAUACUCACAGUUCGUGCAGAGGAUGGGGGCAAGCAGUUGAGCACUGUGAGAGUUUACUUCAACAUUCUUGACGUGAACGAUAACCCCCCAGUCUUUAACACCACCUCCUACAGCACCGCUGUCAUGGAAGACCUGCUUCCAGGAUCCACUAUUCUCACUAUUAAAGCCACUGAUGCAGAUGAUGGACCAAACUCUCAGAUGUCAUACAGCAUUGCUUCAGGUGAUACACUAGCACAGUUUGAUAUAGACAGCGAUGGAGUUCUAAAAACCAGGCUUGUACUGGAUCGGGAGUCUCAGUCAUACUAUAACCUUGUUAUCCGAGUUCAUGACCUGGCACUUCUUCCAGCGUCAAGAUUCACCAGUACAGCCCAGGUGUCGAUAAUUCUACUGGAUGUCAACGAUUGUCCACCAAGUUUCACCUCUCAAAGGAUGACUUACAUCCAGGAGAACACCCCUGUGGACACUGUUGUGUUUACAACUCAAGCGGCUGACUCGGACAGCGGACCAAACAGCUACAUUGAGUAUUCACUGCUCAGUCCUUUGGGGAACAAGUUUAGCAUUGGGACUAUUGAUGGGAGAGUAAGACUUAUAGGGGAGCUUGAUAGGGAGGAGCUCUCUAACUACACAGUGACUAUCAUAGCCACAGACAAAGGGGAACCAUCACUUUCUUCAUCUAUGGAUGUUACUGUUAUUGUCCUGGAUGUUAAUGACAACAGCCCAAUCUUUUCUCAGAAUGUGUAUGAUGUGGAGAUUGAUGAGAACACCCUCAGUGGCACUGACCUGAUUCAGGUGGUUGCAAGUGAUGCAGACGAGGGAACAAAUGGGCAGGUCCGAUUGUCUAUCAUUGGAGGAAAUGCAAAUAACGAUUUUAGGAUAGACUCUGUUACAGGAAUGAUAUCUGUUGCCAAGCAGUUGGACCGGGAGACAAGGUCUUCAUAUUCAUUGGUUGUUCAAGCAGCAGACCGUGGAAGCAGCCCAAGGACUGACAUAACCAAAGUUAAUAUAGUGUUACUGGAUGUGAAUGAUUACACACCAGUCUUUGAGCUCUCCCCUUACACUGUGAAUGUCCAGGAGAGUUUAAGAAAUCUUCCACACACAAUUUUACAGGUUGUUGCACGGGAUGAUGACCAGGGGCUGAACAGCCAACUUUCCUACGCGGUUACUGGUGGAAAUGAAGAAGAGGCCUUCAGUCUGUCGGCGAGUGGGAAACUCAGUCUCAUAAAGAGUCUUGAUCGAGAGGCAAAAGAGAAAUAUGGGUUGAUCAUUACAGCAACCGAUGCAGGAUCUUCUGCUCUCACUGGCACAGGGACCGUCAUUAUUCUAGUUGACGACAUCAAUGACAAUGUUCCAGUUUUUGCUUCAAACACAUUCCACACCACUGUACCAGAAGAUGCCCCUACUGGAAGUGAUGUGCUCCUUGUAAACUCUUCUGAUUCGGAUGCAGGAUUGAACGCAGUAAUCAGCUACAAACUGACUGGGGGAAAUGGACAGUUCUCCAUUAACCCCGCUACUGGACAGAUUAUUACGAGUGCUCUGCUGGACAGAGAGGCUAGGAAGAGUUACCAGCUGGUGGUUGUAGCCUCGGAUGGUGGACAUCCUCUGGCCAUGUCAAGCUCUGCAACUGUUUCAGUGACUAUAUCAGAUAUCAAUGACAACCCUCCCAGGUUUCAUCACCAUCCCUAUGUCACUCAUGUCCCAGCAUCUACUUCUGCAGGUUUGCUCGUGUUUGCAGUCACAGUGACAGAUGAGGAUACAGGACCGAAUGGUCAGCUUCACUAUUCCCUGGUGGGGAGAAACUCUGAGAAGUUUCAGAUUGAUCCAGUGCGUGGGGCCAUAACAGCAACUGAAAAGCUGACCGAGGGUUCUGAGGUCACCUUCACAGUCCAUGUGAAAGAUGGUGGGGUGUAUCCCAAAUCGGACACCACUACUGUGACAGUAAGAUUCGUAACUGGAGAAAAUUUUCCUGAGAUUAAACCAGGACAGACCACCUUUAUAUUUCCUGAAAGUCAGGCCUCUGACACCCUUGUUACCACAAUCUCAGGGUCUUCUGCGAGAGGGGAGCCCUUAUCUUACUACAUUGCCAGUGGUAACCUUGACAAUGCAUUUCACAUUGACCAGCAGAAAGGAGAACUCUCCAUUAAGCAGCCCUUGGAUUUUGAAAAUAUACAGAAAUAUGUGCUCUGGAUUGAAGCCAGGGAUCAAGGCUUUCCACCCUUUUCAUCCUAUGAAAAAGUGGAAAUAAACAUAAUUGAUGUUAAUGACAACUAUCCAGUUUUUGAACAGGAUCCCUUCGAGGCUGAAAUAUUGGAAAAUCUUUCUCCGCAGAGAGUGCUUAUUGUAUCAGCCUCAGACAAAGAUAGUGGACCUAAUGGACAACUGGAAUAUGCCAUCAUUGAAGGAAACAAGGGAAGUAGUUUCAGUAUUAACAGAGGUACUGGGGAAAUCAGAAGCAUCAGACCACUUGACAGGGAGAAAGAAGACCAUUAUGUAUUAACUGUUAAAGCUGCUGAUAAGGGCUCUCCCCCUAAAGUCACUACUUUGAAAGUUUGUAUUCAUGUGCUGGAUGUGAAUGAUAAUGCCCCAAGGUUUUCCAAAAUAUUCAGCGCACAAGUACCUGAAAAUGCCCCUGUUGGUUAUACCGUGACACAAGUCACCACUUCAGAUGAGGAUGAUGGAUCAAAUGCCAUCAGCAGGUACUCCAUAGCUGACACAAGCCUUCCUUUCUCUAUCAAUGCCAAUUCAGGAGACAUUACCAUUAGCCGACCACUGAACAGGGAAGACAUUGAGCGUUACAUUGUCAAAGUCUCUGCCCAUGAUUCAGGAUGGACAGUAAGCACAGAUGUAACUAUAUUUGUGACAGAUGUCAACGAUAAUGCACCUCGUUUCAGCCGCCCUUCAUAUUAUGUUGACUAUCCUGAGCUUACAGAAGUUGGGUCAAAGGUCACCCAGGUCUCAGCAACAGACCCUGACAAUGGCUUUAAUGGACAAAUCUUUUAUUUUAUAAAGUCCCAGUCAGAAUUCUUUAGAAUUAAUUCUAGCACUGGAGACAUUUUCACCAAGCAGCAUUUAAAAUACAUGAAUUCCACAGGAGCAAGCAACAUCAACAUUAAUAGGCAUAGUUUUAUUGUAACUGGGUCUGACAGGGGGACUAUACCUCUGAUGAGUGAAACAACUGUUAUAGUAAACAUAGUGGACAGCAAUGACAACCCACCGCAGUUUGAAAUCACAAAAUACUUCACCCCUGUAACAAAGAGUGUUAAGAUUGGAACAAAGCUAAUUCAAGUUGUAGCUGCUGAUAAGAAAGACUUUGGCUUGAACUCUGAAGUUGAGUACUUAAUAACAGGAGGUAACAGUUCCAACAGAGUCCAUUUGGACAGACAAAGUGGCUGGGUCAGUGUUGCCUCUUCACUUGUGUUUGAUGUGAACAAGGUUUACCUGGUUCAAAUUACAGCUCAAGACAAAGGCAAUCCUCCACUCUCAUCUCAAGCUACACUUCAUAUUCUUGUAACGGAGGAGAAUCGUCACAGCCCAGAGUUCUCACAAAGUCAUAUCAGUGUGACAAUACCAGAGAGCCUUAUAGUUGGAACAAAUAUUAGGACUGUUUCAGCAAGAGACAAAGACAGAGAAAUGAAUGGGCUCAUUAAAUACAACAUUUCUUCAGGCAAUGAGGCAGGCCUUUUCACAAUGAAUAGUACAUUAGGUUCCUUAACUUUAGCUAAGCCAUUGGAUUAUGAGGAACAGCAAACUCAUGAACUGAGAUGUACUGCUACAGAUGGAGGGUGGAUUGCAAAGACUGGCUAUGUUACUGUUACCAUUCAUGUCACUGAUGUAAAUGAUAAUGCACCCCUCUUUAACCCAGAUAAAUACUUCCCAGUUGUACUUGAAAAUGCCCCAAGUGGCACAACUGUUGUGCGAAUAAAUGCCACAGAUAAAGACUCUGGACCAAAUGCCAUGAUUGCUUAUGCAGUUCAGUCAUCUGAUAGUGACUUGUUUGUAAUUGAUCCAAAUACUGGCAUUAUUACUACCCAGGGUUUCUUGGACUUUGAAGCAAGGCAGAGCUACCAUUUAACUGUGAAGGCAUUCAAUGUUCCAGAUGAGGAAAGUUGCAGCUUUGCUAGCGUAAAUAUACAGUUGAAAGGCGCAAAUGAGUAUGUUCCUCGCUUUGUUUCAAAGCAGUACUAUUUUGAAGUAUCUGAAGCUGCUCAUAGAGGAACAAUAGUUGGGGAAGUAUUUGCAAGUGAUCGAGACCUUGGAGUGGAUGGAGAAGUACAUUACUUGAUAUUUGGGAAAAGCAGAAAGAAAGGUUUCAGCAUCAAUAAAAGGUCAGGACAGAUUUAUGUGUCAGGAUCUCUUGAUCGUGAAAAAGAGGAGAAGAUCUCAUUAAAGGUUCUUGCAAAAAACACGGGAAGCAUUAAGGGAGCAGAUAUAGAUGAAGUCAUUGUUAAUAUCACUAUACUGGAUGCUAAUGAUCCCCCAGUUUUUAGCUUAGAAUCUUACAAUAUUCAAAUAAGUGAGGGCAUUCCACCAGGAACCCAUGUCACCUUUGUUAGUGCAUUUGAUUCUGAUUCUGUGCCCAGCUGGAGCCGAUUCUCAUAUUCUCUUGGCUCUGGUAAUGAAAACAGUGCAUUCGCAAUUAAUACUCAGACAGGGCAGGUUUCAGUAGCAGAAGAGCUGGAUAGAGAGUCCACACCCAUUUAUAACCUCACUGUAUUAGCAAUUGAUUCUGGGUCACCACCUUCUACUGGAAGUGCAAGCUUGCUCGUGACAUUAGAAGAUAUUAAUGAUAAUGGACCCACCUUAGUCACUACUGCAGGAGAGGUGUCUGAGAAUCAACAUGCAGGAACCAUUGUGAUGACACUUAGCUCUACAGAUCCAGAUCUACCUCCGAACCAAGGACCGUUUACAUAUAAUUUACUUAGCACUGGUUCUGCUACUAGCUAUUUCAGCAUUAGCCCUUCUGGAGUACUGACCACAACCAGAGAGAUUGACAGAGAACAAAUCAGUGACUUCUACUUGUCAGUGGUGACCAGAGACUCUGGUGUUCCACAGAUGUCUUCCACUGGAACAGUCCAUGUCAAGGUUAAUGACCAGAAUGACAACCCAUCAGAGUCAAGGACAGUAGAGAUCUUUGUUCAUUAUUUUGGAAACGUGUUUCCUGGUGGAAUUUUAGGCAGUGUUAAACCACAAGAUCCAGAUGUGCAAGACAGUUUCCGCUGCUCUAUUGCAUCAAGGGUUACAAGUCUGUUCAGUAUCUCAGCAGAUACCUGCGAUUUAAAUUCCCAGUCAAGAUCUUCAGAUGGGACGUUUGAUUUAACAGUUCAUAGCAGUGAUGGGCUACAUGGGGCAGUCACCAACAAUGUCAGAGUUUUCUUCGUUGGAUUCAAUAACGUUACUAUUGAUAACAGUAUUGUUCUUCGUCUCCAGGUAGAGCAUGUUAGCGACUUUCUUACCAAUCACUACCUUAGCUUCUUGCGAAUUGCAAACUCCCAGCUAGCUGGCCUCGGGACUGCUGUGCAGCUCUACGGGGCAUUUGAACAGAAUAACAAAACCUUCCUAACAGCUGCUGUGAAACGCAGUCACAACCAGUACGUAAACCCCAGUGGAGUUGCCACCUUCUUUCAAAGUAUAAAAGACAUCCUUUAUAGACAGAGUGGAGUGCUCAUAGACUCGGUAGACCAUGACCCUUGUACAUAUAGUCCUUGUCAGAAUGGAGGAAGCUGCAAGAAACACCUUAGUGUAAGUCCUCUGCUGAAGAGUAAGGAGAGUGUCCCUGUGAUCCUUGUAUCAAACAAACCUCUGCAACCAUAUGUUUGCAACUGCAUGCCAGGUUAUGCUGGAAACCUGUGUGAGACUGACAUUGAUGAGUGCCUUCCGUCCCCCUGCCACAAUGGCGGAACUUGCCACAAUCUAGUUGGAGGAUUUUCCUGCAGCUGUCCUAAUGGAUUUACAGGAAUGGCUUGUGAGAGGGAUGUCAACGAAUGUCUAUCAAACCCUUGCAAGAAUGGUGCUCUUUGCCAGAACUUCCCAGGAGGUUUCAACUGUGUGUGCAAAUCUGGAUAUUCAGGAAAAACUUGUGAUUCUUCCAUCAAUUACUGUGAAUGUAAUCCUUGUUUUAAUGGGGGCUCCUGUCAGAAUGGUGUGGAUGGAUAUCACUGUCACUGUUCAUUUGGUGUCUUCGGCAAACACUGUGAACUAAACAGCUAUGGUUUCGAGGAGUUAUCUUACAUGGAGUUUCCAAGUUUGGAUCCCAACAAUAACUACAUCUAUAUCAAGUUUUCAACCCUCAAGAACAAUGCCCUUCUAAUGUACAACCACGACAACCAGACAGGAGACAAGGCUGAGUUUCUAGCUUUGGAGAUAUUUGAAGCAAGGGUUAGAUUCUCCUUUAACUUAGGAAGUGGAGCCUACAAAUUAAUGGCAAUGAAAAGUGUUUCCGAUGGGCAGUUUCACACUGUCAUUGCUAGGAGGGCAGGCAUGGCUGCAUCGCUGACAGUGGAUGUGUGUUCUGAGGACCAGGAGCCUGGAUAUUGCACUGUUAGCAAUGUGGCAGUUCAUACUGACUGGACUCUCGAUGUGCAACCGAACAGACUUACAGUAGGAGGGGUGAGAUCCAUAGACCCUAUCCUUCACAGAAAAGGACAAGUGGCCACCCAUGACUUUGUUGGGUGUAUAAUGGAGUUUGCAGUCAACGGACGCCCUCUCGAACCCAAUCAGGCUUUGGCUUCCCAUGGAAUUCUUGACAGAUGUCCAAGACUAGAAGGAGCUUGUACAGCCAACCUCUGUAAGCAUGGUGGCACCUGUACGGACAACUGGUCCUGGCAGCAGUGUAAAUGCAUGGAAGGGUUUACUGGGAAAUACUGUGAAAAGUACAUGACUGUCGACACUGCAUUGUCCCUUGAUGGCAAUGGGCGCCUGGACUACUCCAUGAACCAGAAUAAGAAACGUGACUUCUUGCUCAGCCAGAGCUUAAGAGGCACCAGUGGUGAUCCGAUGAGCCUGAAUAGCCUGGACAUGAAGUUUAGAACAAGAAGCAAAAAUGGCAUUUUAUUUCAUGUUCAGGAAAGCAGCAAUUACACUACUGUGAAGGUAAAGAAUGGUAAGGUGCAUUACACCUCAGAUGCUGGUGUUGGAGGAAAGGUGGAGAGAACCAUUCCUGAGUUUUCUGUGGCAGAUGGCCAGUGGCAUACACUUCAGAUCGAGAAGAAUGGAACGCUUACAGUAAUUCUUGUUGACGGGACCUACAAAAGGGAGAUAAAUCACAACACCCAGGAUUUUGGAGGACUCAACGUUCUAACACUUUCACUGGGGGGAAUUCCAGAAGGGCAAUCCCAGGAAAGCUCUAAAUUAGGUUUUGAUGGCUGUUUUGCUUAUCUGAAAUACAACAGAGAAAUUCUGCCUUUCAGUGGAGAGCACAGUGCUGUUAGAAUAUCGAAAACUCAUCCUUCUGUCAAGAUUGGCUGCCGAGGUCCAAACGUGUGCUCAAGCAGUCCAUGCUUGGGAGGCCUGAUGUGUGUCAAUCAGUGGUACGCCUAUGAGUGUGUUCCCCCUGGAGACUGCACCUCAAACCCUUGUCAGAAUGGAGGCAGCUGUGCACCUACUGCUCGAUCUGGAUUCACUUGCACUUGCCCACAGUUUUACACAGGAAAGACCUGUGAGAUUUUGGUAGCCUGCCUUGGUGUACAGUGUCCCCAGGGAACUCUUUGUAAAAUGGGGACUAAUGGAGACUUUGUCUGUACUCCUAAUCCUCCGACAGAGGAAAUGUCCUUGCCGAUAUGGGCAGUGCCUGCCAUUGUCGGGAGCUGUGCUACCGCUCUUGCUCUUGUGGUCUUGAGCUUGAUCUUGUGUAACCACUGCAGGGGCAGGAAGACCAAAGUGCCAAAGGAAGAGAAAAAGCCAAAAGAGAAGAAGAAAAAAGGGAGUGAGAAUGUGGCUUUUGACGAUCCAGAUAACAUCCCUCUUUAUGGGGAUGAUAUGACGGUCAGGAAACAGCCUGAAGGGAACCCCAAACCUGACAUAAUUGAAAGGGAGAACCCUUACCUAAUAUAUGAUGAGACAGACAUUCCUCAUAACACAGAGACCAUACCCAGUGCUCCUUGCGUGGGGCCUGAAGCUGAUAUAGAGCAUUAUGAUAUAGAUAAUGCUAGCAGCAUAGCCCCUUCAGAUGCAGAUAUCAUUCAACACUAUAAACAGUUUCGGAGCCACACACCUAAAUUCUCUAUCCAAAGGCAUAGCCCACUAGGAUUUGCAAGGCAGUCUCCUUUACCCUUAGGAGCAAGCAGUUACACAUACCAGCCUUCUUAUAGCCAAGGACUUAGAUCAACCCCUUUAAGCCACGCAACAUGCCCUACUCCUAACCCUUUGUCCCGGCACAGUCCAGCCCCUUUCUCCAAACCCUCCUCGUUCUACCGCAACAGUCCAGCUAGGGAACUGCAACUCUCCAGGAGGGAGGGAAGUCCUUUGGACUUUCACAAUGAGGCAUCGUGCCAGCCAGGUAUUUUCAACUAUGCCACACGGCUGGGAAGGAGAAGCAAAAGUCCCCAGACAAUGGCAGGUCAUGGCUCCCGACCGGGGAGCCGCCUUAAGCAACCAAUAGAGCAGAUUCCUCUUGAGACGGGGCCUCCAGUUGGUCUGUCCAUAGAGGAGGUUGAGAGGCUUAACACCCCUCGGCAAAGAAACCCCAGCAUCUGCAGUGCCGACCAUGGAAGGUCCUCAUCAGAGGAGGACUGCAGAAGGCCGCUCUCUAGGAUCAGGAAUCCAGCGGAUGGAAUUCCAGCCCCAGAGUCGUCCUCUGAGAGCGACUCUCAUGACUCCUUCACCUGCUCCGAGAUGGAGUAUGAAAGAGAGAAACCAAUGGCCUACUCGUCCAGAAUGCCCAAGCUGUCCCAAGUAAACGAGUCGGAUGCAGACGACGAAGAUUACGGCACUAGGCUGAAGCAAAGAAGGUACCCCAGCCGCCGAGCAGAGGGAGGCCCUGGUAGCACGCAGGUGUCUACUGCGGAACAAUAUACAUUGCCCCAUAAGCUAGGGCAGCAGGCUGGGAAUUUCAACUGGGACAAUCUGUUGAACUGGGGCCCUGGGUUCGGCCAUUAUGUAGAUGUGUUUAAGGAUCUUGCAUCACUUCCUGACAAUACAGAUGCAAAAGAAAUUGAAAUGAUCAGUGGUGACGGGGCCAUUACCAUUUCCAAUGAAGGGGAAGCGGAACAAUAUGUAUAGACCUUAUUUGUAUAAAUUGUUCAUUUCAAGUUGGACUUUUUUUUUAAUAAGACCAUCUUAUAUGUAGAUUCUAAGAGGUAGUAACAGAACUUGAACUUCUUUGAAAUGCAAAACAUUAUAACAGUUAUUUCUACACAGUUAGGAUAUUUAUCUUUGUUUUAAGCUCUUCACAUGCUGUUCUAAUCAGGAGUAUAACUAAAUUGGAAAAAAAUGAUACAGUACAACCACAGCGCAAUCUCAAAUGAAAAUAAGGACAUUCAAAACUUAUCAAAUCCUGGUUUCUAAGUAUCAAUUAGACAACGUUGCUUUGACUUCAAGGCAGAAAGACAUCAUCUGAUUUUAAUUGUACUCAUUUGUGGAAAAUGAAGGAUUACUGUAUACUUUACAUGAGAAAUUCCAGCAUUCGUUCUUCAAUUACAGUUUUGUUUCUGAUUUAUAAAAAAAAAAGAAUGUGUUUGAUAUCCAACACAUGAUGUAUCAUAUCCAGCCGUUUGCACUAAAAUGAGAACAUGAGUUGGCCAGCACUUUAAAUUACUUGCCAACGUUAUGUGACGGCUUCAAAACUGCCCUGUUUUCACUCACCGUAUCAGCUAAACAUUAUAGGGGCAGAGACCAGUAAACUACAGCCUAUAAGACUUUUGAGGCUUUGCUUCAAAAUAAGAAAUAUUCCUUCAUUUUUUAUGUGAAAUGUUUGCAAAUGUUACUGGUUCUGCAUCGUCAUUUGGGUUUCUUGUUUCACUGGGGCCAGCAAAAGGGAAGACUAAAGUGUGCCUGAUUGAGCUUAAUAUUAUCCUAAACCACAUGAACUAUAAAUUUAACUUAAAUGAAAA